AUAGGAUCUUUAUUUUUCUGCGACUAUAUAUAUAAAUCCAUGCAUUGUUAACUCCAGUAUAUCACAAGUAAAGAAACAUAGUAUAGCAAGAACAAGAAAAACCAAGUUGAGUACUGAGCAUAAACAUUGAGAAAAAAUAAUGGGUAGGAAGAGAAAGGCUGGAGAAGCUACUGAUGACCAAGAUAGAAGCUCUGGUGAAGCAGACAUGGCUUGGGAUAAAAUGGUUAAGGAUGCAGCAGCAGCUUCUGCGGUGCUAAGUGGAGCACGGGGUGGCAGGAAGCGUUUCAUUGGGGUUAGACAGAGGCCAUCAGGACGGUGGGUGGCUGAAAUCAAGGAUACGAUUCAGAAGAUUAGAGUGUGGUUAGGAACUUUUGAUACAGCUGAGGAAGCAGCAAGAGCUUAUGAUGAAGCUGCUUGCUUGCUUCGUGGGGCGAAUACUAGGACAAACUUUUGGCCUUGUUCUCAAUCCUCAUCCUCAGCUCCUGCCCUUCCACCAAAAAUUUCAAACAUUCUUCUUCACAGGCUCAAAGCCAGAAAUAACUCUUUAGCUGCCUCAUCCAACUCUCCGGUCCCUGUGAACCAUGAAGAGAAGGCUCAACAAGGAUAUGAGGAGGAGGUGACUGAAUUUUCAGAUGCCCAAUUCACUGAUUUUCUGAAUGAUAUGGAAGACUAUAUCCCCAUCAACGAAAUGCUUAACAAUGCUGGUGCAAGUACUGGUGAACACACAAACACCAUUGAAUACACUUGUACUAGUUUUGACUCGUGUCUAACAGAUCAGAACUUGAGUCCCCAGGAUCAAGGGAGAGACUUUGAUUGGGUGCAUAAUUGGACUGAUCACUCAGAACAAUCCUCUGGUGGGCAGUGCUCAAGUGGCGAGGAAUAUGUUGAACCUGAUUUUGAAGAAGAUGAAGGAACUGAACUAUGUGCCACUGAUUUCCAAUUUGUUGAUGAACUGGGAUCGACUUACUGCUCCCCUUUCGAGAUCACGGAAGAGAUAGCAUUGCCUAUUGAGCAAGCAGUAUGUGAUGGUGAACCGACGAUGAUCAGUGAGGCUAUGAGAAGGAUGAAAUAUGAAAGAAAGUUCUCAGCUUCUCUCUAUGCAUUCAAUGGCAUAACAGAGUGCUUGAAGUUUAAGCUUAAAUCAGCAAAUGCCACACAUAAAGUUGGAUCAGAUCAGCUGAGCAAACUUCGAAAUGCAUGUAACAAGAACCAACAGGAUCAGAAGGAAGCUGAAGAAGAGAGAGUCAAGACACCAGAGGAAGAACUGGAAGCAUCACCAUAUAUGGAAUCACCGUUUCAUAGCAAUGAAAAUGAACUGUCACUGUGGAGCUCUCUUGAUCUUCAGCCCAUAUGCUUUGUUAAUUAUUAAUUAAUCUCCUUGGUUUUUUUUUUGUUCAGGCCAAGUACUAAAUUACUAGUUAGGUUUCACAUCAAUAGCUUCAUCUCCAUUCAACUGUGAGAGAAAAUAUCCUUUGUAAUCUCAUCUUGAAUAUUCAAAGUUGUGUUACUAAU